UUUCAUUUAUGGUAUUCUAGUAACAUGUUUCAUCGUAUCAUGAAACACUGUCUUCUGUUCUCUCUCUGAAAUCCUUGUGAUGGUGCCCUAGAUCCAUGGCUUCUCAGUCCAAACUUUGCAUGUGUUUCACUGUUGCUGAGUUUCAGUGUUAUCCUUUUCCCUCUCUGCUUGUCUGGGUACUGGGAAAGCCUCAUGUGGGCCCCACAUUCACACCUUUGCAAACUCACUCCCACCCAAAAGCUUGUAACUUGUGAACACCUUCCUGUUAGUAUUCCACGCUCUCUUACAUUCUAAAUUUGCAAACUUUGAUGCUUCCCGGUUCAUAAACCACCGGUAUUUCAUUGGGUUAUUGAGUUUUUGUGGAUUGACUAAUCUGGGAUCACAUUUGGGGUUAUCAAAAUAUUGAUGUAAUUAUUGCUACUGUUACAAUUUGGCUUUGUUUGAAUGUGUGGUAAUAUUGGUGGUUAUGGGAGUGAAGUGAAGUGAAGAUGGGGAUGCUAGUAUAGUAUUGUAGGAAUGUAAUUGAAGGGGUGAGGUGAGAAGCAUUGAGAUUUGAAACUUGGCUUUUGUGGGAGGGGUUUGUUUGUUGUGCAUAAUGGGUUGUGUCUGUUGCAAGCCCUCUGCCAUUGAGGAUAGCAAGGAGAGUCCAAGGGAGAGAUUGUCGAGCAAGGCUCCGAUGGACUCUCAUGUGUUGAGGGGUGCUUCAUCGAGGAGGGAGGAUGCGUAUAGGGUGAAGGAUAAAUGUGAUGGUAAUGAUUUGAGAACUGCUUUGAUUGAUAAGCAUGAGAAUGGUUCCUUGGGGUUGCAAGGCGAUAAUGUUGAGAGGAAGAGGGAGAGAAUGGAGUGUGUUGCUGCUCAACCACAUCCGGGUGCUGGCAGUGUUCCCAAGGCCAUGGAAGGGGAGCAGGUUGCAGCUGGAUGGCCAUCUUGGCUGGCAGCAGUGGCUGGAGAGGCUGUCAAUGGAUGGUUGCCGCGCCGUGCAGAUUCUUUCGAGAAAUUGGAUAAAAUUGGACAGGGAACUUACAGUAAUGUUUAUAGGGCUCGUGAUCUUGAGCAAAAGAAAGUUGUUGCUUUGAAAAAAGUGAGGUUUGAUAAUCUUGAGCCAGAGAGUGUUCGCUUCAUGGCAAGGGAAAUUCACAUUCUACGUAGGCUUGAUCAUCCAAAUGUCAUAAAACUGGAAGGCCUGGUUACAUCAAGGAUGUCUUGCAGCUUAUACCUUGUUUUCGAAUACAUGGAGCAUGACUUGGCUGGGCUAGCGUCACAUCCUGGAGUGAAGUUUACAGAAGCACAGGUUAAAUGUUACAUGCAGCAACUUUUACGUGGACUUGAUCACUGCCAUAGCUGUGGUGUGCUGCACCGUGACAUUAAGGGUUCCAACCUUUUGAUUGACAACAACGGAAUCUUGAAGAUUGCAGACUUUGGUUUGGCAAGUGUUUUUGAUCCCAAUCAAACUCAGCCUUUGACAAGCCGAGUUGUCACUCUUUGGUACCGCCCACCAGAGCUUUUACUGGGUGCUACACACUAUGGCACUGCUGUAGAUUUAUGGAGUACAGGUUGCAUACUUGCUGAGCUGUAUGCUGGCAAACCUAUAAUGCCUGGGAGAACUGAGGUGGAGCAGUUACAUAAAAUUUUUAAACUUUGUGGUUCACCUUCUGAGGAUUAUUGGAGAAAAUCAAAGUUGCCCCAUGCAACAAUAUUUAAGCCCCAACAACCCUACAGGCAAUGUGUUGCCGACACAUUCAAGGACUUCCCUGCACCUGCUUUAGCACUCAUGGAGACUCUUUUGUCCAUAGAUCCUGCUGAUCGUGGAAGUGCAGCAUCUGCUUUGAAGAGUGAGUUCUUCACGACAAAGCCUCUACCUUGUGAUCCUUCAAGUUUGCCAAAGUAUCCUCCUAGCAAAGAAUUUGAUGCCAAACUACGGGAUGAACAAGCAAGAAGCAGACAAGGGGCAGCAGCAGGUAAGGGCCAAAGACACGACCUUGAAAGAAGAGUAGCAAGAGAAUCUCGAGCUGUCCCUGCACCAGAUGCCAAUGCUGAACUGCCCCUGUCAAUGCAGAAGAGACAAAGUAUGGCUCAAUCAAAAAGCAGAAGUGAGAAGUUUAAUCCUCAUCCUGAAGAAGCUUCUGGAUUUCCCAUCGAUCCCCCUAGAUCAUCACAAGCUGUAGAAGUAGGCAUGGGACCUCAGGUACCGCAACAUAAAAGAGCCUCUCAUUCUGGUCCACUGGCUCACCGCACUGCAUGGGCUAAAGCUGGGAAGAACCAGGAUGAGGCUCCUAAUAUUUCAGUUGGGGGCGAUCUAUCAACAACUUCAGGCUUGGUUUCAGCCACCAGUAUGUUGUCAGAUGAUCACAGAGAAAGGUCUGGAUCAUCACAAAUGGAGGCUUCAAAACUAAUAAACAGAUUCCCUGGAUCAUUCAAGGAUGUCUCUGAAUCAUCGAUACAACAAGAUCAAAGGCAUCAUGUACAGGGCCAAGUAGGCACUUCCCAAAACGAAGAAGGGAGAAGCAGCAACAAAGACCUAGUUCUUGUUGGUUAUGGGGCAAAGGGUCAUAAAAUCCACUAUUCUGGUCCAUUGCUGGUUCCAUCAAGCAACAUGGAUCAGAUGUUGAAAGACCAUGACCGCCAAAUUCAAGAGGCAGUUAGACGGGCACGUUUGGAUAAGGCAAAAAUGAGAAGGCUUCAAGCUGAAGGGAACCAGGUAACCAAUUCAUUAUUUGCUUCUGGUCGUUGAUUUGUAGAGUUGUUGAGGUGCAACAAGGCAUCAUAAAGAAUCUUCUAUUCUUUUCUUUUUUAAUGGGGGGGCUGUAUAGGCAGAAAGUAUCCUUUGCAAAAUGCCCCAAUGGCCAUGUUAGGUAAACUUUAGACCUUACACCUUAGAAAACCUCUCCCCCUUGAAUUUAUCACAUAUUUUCUUUCUACUUAAAGCUGUAAUUUCUGGCAUAAGCCCAUUCUUGUAAAGCUUUUAAGCUUCAAUCUGUUAGAAUACUGGGGAAUAACUGUGUCAUGGUAGAGUUAAUAUUCACCCAGAAGAUGCCUAAGGAUAUGCAUUAUUAUGUGUCUCCUCUCAUUCUAUCUGACGCAUCAUUGCUUCAGUAUUGUUGUUGUCUAACAAUGGUGCUCCUGAACUAUCCUGUGCUACUAAUCUGAUAUGGUUUGAAGUUUAUUUUGACAAGUUCAGGUUCUAGAAA